AAUUCAUUCUAGUUUCUACUCUUGACAUUGAUAAUUAGACAUUGCGAAGCCAUGAAACGCAGUAUUUUUCUUUUUAUCCUGGCUGUUUGUACUACAGGCAUCGUAAAUGGAGCCAAUAUAUUGAUAUUAUCCGGAGUUCCUUCACCAAGCCACUCUAUAUGGCUAAGACCACUGAUGAACGGUUUGGCAGCAAGAGGACAUAAUGUGACUGUAGUAAGUCCCGAUGUUGAGAAGAAACCACCGAAAAAUGUUACCUACAUCCAUCUGGAGAAUAUCUACGAUGAAAUGUACAAUUCCAGCGAUCGCAUACUGCCUGAUUUUUUCGAGAUGCAUAAGAGCCCUUUGCAAACAUUGGGCAUGCUUGAUGAGUUUUCAAUAGUAUGGUGCAAAAUUGGAAUCAAGUCCAAUGGAUUCAAACAGCUUAUGAGUUACCCAACAAAAUUCAAGUUCGAUCUGUUUAUGAGUGAUUAUAUGUCCGGACCUUGCUUUGCGUCGUUGCUGAUGCAUCGUUUUGGAAAUCCGCCUUAUAUUCCGGUUGCACCAUACAACGCUUUGGCUACAUCGUCGCCUCUAAUUGGUUCAUAUGCAUAUUCGGGUGCUAUUCCAAAUCAUUCAUAUGAUGUUCCAGUAUCGAUGUCUUUCUUGGAGCGACUCCAAAACUGGUUUUACGAUCUGUAUGAAAUAGUUAGGAAAGAUGUCUACCUAUAUCCAGAAUCCGAUGCCAUAAUCCAACAAAUUUUCCCGAAUGCUCCAAGUGCAAAAGAUUUGCAAAGCAGUAUAAGACUGUUGUUCAUCAACACCAAUCCUCUGAUUCAGUACAAGGAACCUCAAAUGCCCAACGUGAUUUCAGUUGGUGGAAUGCAAAUUCGUGAUCCUAAGCCACUUCCUGAAGACCUGAACAGUAUAGUGAGUAAAGCGAAAAAUGGCUUCAUCUUAUUCUCGUUGGGAUCCAAUGCCAGAAGUGACACAUUGGGACCGGAUCGCAUUCGACAGAUUCUUACUGCCAUGAAAGCUUUGCCACAGUACCACUUCCUAUGGAAAUUCGAAUCAGAUGAAUCGAAACUACCGAUGAAGGUUCCUGACAAUGUGUAUAUCCGAGCCUGGAUGCCCCAAAAUGAUCUGCUGGCACACCCCAAUAUUAAACUAUUUAUUACGCAUAGUGGGUUGCUAAGCACUCAGGAAGCUAUAUGGAAUGGUGUUCCGAUCAUUGGGUUCCCUCUGUUCGCCGAUCAAUUCCGAAAUAUAAACUACUGUGUAUCUCUUGGAGUUGCAAAGAGGCUUAUGGUUCAGUAUCUGGACGCGAAGGAUCUCAUCGAGGCGAUUAAGGACAUUCUCAACACCCGCAGUUACAGUGAGAACAUGAAUCGCUUGUCUCGGCUUUUCCGCGAUCAACCUGAGAGCCCACUAGAACGUGCCAUUUGGUGGGUAGAAUGGGUUUUGCGGAAUCCGGACAGUGACAUGCUCCAGUCGAAUGCCGUAAAGGUACAUUGGAUCCAAAAGUACAUGUAUGAUGUUUUGCUAUUUGUAGUUGCUAUAACAGUGUUAGUAUUAUUCAUGAUAUUCAAAAUAAUUUCAAAACCAAUUUCGAGCUGGCAAACAAGUGCUAAAGUUAAACAAAGUUGAUUCAAAAAGAAAUAUUUGUUUUGACGUGAGCUGCGUCUUUGAUUUAGAUACGAAUACAGGGAUCAUCCAUACAUUGCGUAACGCUUAGAAGGAAGCGGGGUUGCUUGAAGCGUGACCACCCAUACAAAAUUAUCAAUGCUACUUAGCUUAUCUUAGCUUAGACUGACUGUACGUAUCAAUGGUUGCUACUCCGUGAUUGAUCAGAGUUGGUGAAAAUUGCACUCUGAUCCAAUUGAAUAGUGGCUGUGGUUUAACAUCUGCUCUCGAAGUGCGCGUU